GCGCGCGACGCAAUGUCGGGCCGAUUCCGCUAGUCCCCACGUCGUUUUGCCACGCCGCCGCCGCCCGCAGCCUUUCUUUCCCAGCCCACCCGCGUCCUCGCACGUCUCCUCCUCCGCAAACCUUUCCCCUUUCGCCCGCUCUCUCCCAGCGACCUGAAUAAAAUCAUUCGGCACGGACCGAGUGACUUCCAUGCGAUGAUGGCGCGCUGUCCGGGCGCGGCGGCCGUGCGCGCGCGCUGGACGGUCCGCUCCCUCGCCGGCGCGUUCGUCGACCUCGCGUUCGCCUGGGCCUGCCUCUGCCUCGCCGCCUUCGCCACCGCCGCCGCGCGCCUCCUCGCCCUAGUCGGCCUCCCGCUGCCUUGCACCUGCGCGCGCCCGCACCUCCCCUGCCUCCUCGCGUUCCUCGCGCGCUACCCCGCCCGCGCCAUCGACUCCCUCCUCGCCUCCCUCCGCUCCCGCUUCCCCUUCGUCGCCGUCGGCGAUGAGGGCCGGCAGGAGGAGGAUGUGGAGGAGGAAGACGAAGGUGAGGAGGAGGCCGUCGAUGGGAAUCUGUGGCGGGGGAGGGAGGAGCGGGAGCGGGAGGCGCAGUGCGCGGAGCUGCAGCGGGAGCUCGAGAAGGAGCGCAGCGCGUCGGCGUCCGCGACCGAGGAGGCCAUGGCCAUGAUCCUGCGCCUGCAGAAGGAGAAGUCCGCGCUCGAGAUCGAGGCGCGCCAGCAGCGCCGCACCGCCGACGAGCGCUGCGCCUUCUACGAGGACGAGGUGGAGGAGCUCAGGGACAUCGUGCUCCUAAGGGAGCGGGAGGCCCGCGCGCUGCGGAAGGAGGUGGACGCGUACCGCCGGCUGCUUGGUCUCGGCACAGAGGACGACGAGGAUGAGGAGGAGAUGGUGACGCCGCACAGUAUCAUCAUGUCUGAGGGAGAGCCGAGCUCGUCAAAAUCCGUUAAUAGGAACGGUGGUAAUGACAAGAUCGUGCAAUUGGGGAAUGAUUCUGUGUUUAGCUUCAAGAUGCCGUUCUUGCGUGAGGAACUGGUGCCACCUGUUCCUGUAGAUCAUGCCCGAGGGACAGGGGGAAACGACGAUAUGAUAGCUGUUCAGACACCCGGUGAAGUUCCUGUGGUUGGAUCAAAACUGAAGCUGGAUAGCAGCGAAGAUGAUGGAACAGAGACGGUGGAAAUCCUCCCCCUAUAUGCCCGGAGUCUAAAUCAAGGUGGUGAUUUUCAUGUUGAUGCUGCAGCUGGUACAGAAGUUACAGAGCAACAGACUGCUGAUGAAUUUCAGGAGGUAGAGUGUGGAGGUGUAGACAAGAUUAGUCAUGAUCAUUCAGAAAGUGAGAAUGAUGCAAAUAUCUACGACGUGCAUGUGGUUGAUGACAUAUUCUUCUCCACAGAAGUUAAGGGCGUGAUUGGUCGAAGCUUCUCAGAUGCAACAAUACAAGCAGAAAAGUUGCAGACUCGUGCUGCUGCAGAUCUCCUGGGGGGAAAUCUGCAUGCCAUUAAAGAUGCACAAGACAAGAUAAGGCUUGCGGCAAAUGAAAGGAGGCAGUCAUUACAGUUGCAACUUUUAGAGGACAUAGCUAAUCAACUUCAAGAAAUCAAGGAGGCUGCGGAAGCAGGGCGGCACUUGUACUGUCCUUCUAAAAUUUCGAAGAAAAACUAGGAAAACACGUCACGAAAACACGGUUGUCGCUGUAAAUAUUUGUUUUGGUCUGUAGUCUAGUUUGUUGAUUUUGUUCAUCAUUAAUUUUAUUUGUUCUUUUUUUAAUAAAUAUGCAUUGUUAUUGUGUACAUGUACAUAAACAACAAUCCAUUUCAUUUUAUUUUAUUUUUUGGAAUCCUGUGAUCUUGUCUGCUUCAAAAUGAUGUUUCGUGUGCUUGUUUGUGUUGG